AUGGCAGUCCCAGUUUUGGGCUCGGAUGGCGUGCUGCUGUUUGCUCUACAUUUUUGGCGGCCGCACGUCAACAUCAUUUUGCUUGCGGCGUUCUUCGUCCUGCUCUCAACGGGCCUGAGCAUCUGCAUCCCACAACUCGCACGGGAGGUGGCCACCUUCAACGGCGGCAACAGCACCGAGGCCGUGCAAGGGGAUUGGUUUUUGUCCUCCGUGUCUAUUCCCGCCCCGGCAAGUCUGGUGGGCCGCUGCGUCGCCAUGGCUGCCGUCGUUGUCGCCUACCAUGCCACCUCCUUCCUGGGACACAAGUCAGCCUACACCGCGGGGCUGCGAAUUCACAACACCAUUUUGGAAAUCGUUCUUGUGGCCGUACUAGCCACUCCGCACUUGGACCGCAUCGCAUUGGUGAGCCCCGCCAAACUGUCACAAAUCAUCCUUUCCAGCGCAAAAACGUCGGCGGACGUUGUAGGCGCACUGCUAACGGAUGUUCUUUCCUCGCUAUGCGCUACAGUGUUUCUCCUCGGUAUGCUUCUACACAUGUCUGUGAAGUUGACAGUGACUAUAGUUCUCAUGCUGGCGAGUUCCCAGCUCGCACUGCGGCAACUGCAUCGGCACAAUCAGAAUUGCAAGAAAGAAUUAUCCCUCGCAGAGUCUGAUGUGCAAGCCCUAGCAACAAAUGCUCUUCAACGCAGUGCGACUAUUCGGGUCUUUAACGCAGAGUCAGUUAUAUUGGGCGGUCUAGAGAAGCGUCUACAACGGUUACACGAAGUAAACUUAGACGUGAUAACUGUGAUACAUGGGCAGGCUGGCUUGUCGUCUGCGGUAAUGGGGCUUCUUUUUGUCCUGGUGCUUGGUGCGACAAACACCUAUCGACAACGUGGUGAACUAGACAUGAUCGAUAUUGCCAUGUACUACAUGUUGCUUUUUCAGUUCAUCAAUAGACUACAGGGCAUACAACAUGACUGUCAUAGGACGCAUGUGCUUCUCGAGAGCCUGGGGUCCUUGCGACAAUUGCUCACUUGGUACGACGUGGAACACGUUGUCUGGAAGCGGCUUGCAGAUUGCAGUUGCCGACGAUCACCGCCAAUAACAGUGAAGGUUUCCUCGACACAGUUGAAAAAAGAGCUUGCAGCCGCGGAGGGAACGGGUACAGGCAUAGAGUUAGAUGGCGUCACGUACGUUUAUCCGGAGGUUCCGGCGUUUCUCUUGGACCCAUCAGAGGCCAAAGCGAAAGAGAAGAGGGCAGACAGCAUGAACGGCAUUCACAGCCAUGUCCUCAUGCCUCCCCCUUCUGCCGCAUCAAACGGAGUGCAUGACGUUAACCUCACGAUACCCGCAGGUUCAAUUACCGCAAUCUAUGGACCCAGUGGCUCUGGCAAAAGCACCUGCCUUCGCCUCCUCGCUGGUUUGAUACAGCCGCACAAAGGCCAGGUUAAAACACAUGCCAAACUCGCCCUAUUGGAGCAAGAACAAGCCAUUCUCUUUGGAAGUAUUGCAGACAAUAUUCUUAUGGUGGAUACAAGUAGGUUGAGCCGACAGGAGAGGGCAAAGGCGCGCGACGAGGUUAACACCGCCAUGCGACGCAGUGGUUGCGACAGGUACGUCAAGAGCCCCUUCCAGACGCUCAUACACAGCCCCGACAAGGCGCAGUUCAGUGGAGGGCAGCUCCAGCGCAUCUGUAUGGCACGCCUAUAUGCGCGCACAGAAUGCACACUACUCUUACUGGACGAGCCAACAACAGGAUUAGACGCCAAAAGCGUUGAGACUCUGAUCGAAACCUUGAAAGUACUCAACAGCGUUCAUAAAAAAACUAUUGUUUUUGCCACGCACGACAAAAGGCUGCAGAAGAUGGCGCAUCGCACUAUCGAUAUAAGCUUGGAAGAAAAAAAAACCAUUGCAACAUGA